AUGAGACAACUGAAGGAUUAUAAUAAAGUAUCAGGUCAAGAUAUCUCAUCACUCAUAAUGAAAUUCACUUCACCAACAGGAAGAUCAAGAGGUGGACAGGGUGCAAUCAUUAAAAUACUUGAUAUGAGCAAUGAAAAGAGAAGGGCUGUAGUAACAAAGGCUUUCACGCAAGAAGUUUCUAUAUGGUACAAGCUAGAUCACCUAAACAUCGCAAAGAUAAUCGGAGCUUCGAAGAGGUUGCCCGAAGUGAAACCCAAAUUUACAAGUGGUAAACGUUGGACAGAAAAAUGGAUUGAGCUGACUAAUCGCUUGAUGACCCCGUGGAAUUCUGAUGCGACAAAUCAUUCAUUGAGAAAACAAUCAUUUGGUUAUGCUGAAGGAUAUUGCAUCGUGGUUGAAUAUGUCUCUGGAGGCACUCUUACAUCACAUCUCUUAAAACACAGUAUCAAAAGUUUGCCAUUGAAGUCUGUAAUUCAACUAGCAUUAGAUGUUGCAAGAGGGUUGAGUUACCUUCACUCUAAGAAAAUUGUUCAUAGAGAUGUCAAGACUGGGAAUCUACUUGUGGACAAGGAAGGAAGAGUGAAAAUAAUAGACUUUGGAAUUUCUCGAGUUGAGGCUUCAUGUCCUAUUGACAUGACUGCUCAAACUGGCACCGUGGGAUACAUGGCUCCUGAGGUUCUUGCUGGUCUACCGUAUGAUCAUAAAUGUGACAUCUAUAGUUUUGGAAUUUGCUUGUGGGAGAUAUACUGUUGUUCAAUUGCGUAUCCUAGCCAAAUUUCUCUUUCUCAGACAUCUCCAACAAUCUACAAGAGUCUAAGGCCAGAAAUACCAAACUCUUGCCCAAGUACACUUGCCAAUAUAAUGAAGCAAUGUUGGAAUGCAAACCCAAAAAAGAGGCCAGAAAUGCAGGAAGCGGUGCUGAUGUUGGAAGCAAUCGACUCAUCUGAAGUUGCACUAAAUGGUUGUAUUUGCUUGACAAGAUCAAAGGAUCAUAAUGUAAAAUAGAUUGGCUUUGGUCAGUGAAGCUUGUAUAUAUGUUUAGGACCAUUCUUUUAAUUUUUUGUAGAAAUCAUUCUUUUUGGCUUCUUGGCUUGCAAAUAACAUGUGCCCAGGAGCUAAAGCUUUACCUUUUGGACACAUUUUAAAUGGGAAUCUGAUAAUGUUCAACCCGGCAUGUAAU